AUGGGCAGUUUAGUGGCAGUGACACUUUUCUCUGCCAUGCUAAUGCCCACUUGCACCGCACUUUCCAGUAUAAAUGAAGAAAAACAAGCUCUGCUCCAAACGGGUUGGUGGAGUCAUCACCCAAAUGUCUCUGACCAUUGUGAUUGGGAAGGUAUCAGAUGCAAUGAAGAUGGAAGCGUUGUUUAUAUAUCCGGAUGGGAAUUAAUUAAUGAGUAUCUGUUAUCAGAAGAAAUGCUGGAGAUUGGGAAGUUGAACGUCACUGCCUUCUCGAAUUUAGUGAUUCUAGAUCUAAAUGGAAUGGGACUAGGAGGAAGCAUCCCUAAAGAAAUAACCACACGUAUAAUGCUUGAAGAUCUUGACCUGUCCAACAAUCGCCUUCGUGGUCCUAUACCCCUCCAACUUGCCAAUUUCACACGUUUGAAGAUGUUGUCUCUCCAUAGUAAUUCCCUUUCCGGUUCAAUCCCUUCUACAGUGGGUCAAUUGAAGAAUUUAACCUAUCUCUACCUUGAGUCAAACCAAUUUCAAGGUCCUAUUCCAAUGGAACUGGGGAAUCUGACACAAUUGAAACAAUUAGGUCUCUCACAUAAUUCACUUUCCGGUUCAAUCCCUUCCACAUUGGGUCAAUUGAAGAAUUUAACCUAUCUCUACCUUGAUUCAAACCAAUUUGACGGUCCCAUACCAAUGGAACUGGGGAAUCUGACACAAUUGAAAGAAUUAGAUCUCUCACAUAAUUCACUUUCCGGUUCAAUCCCUUCCACGUUGGGUCAAUUGAAGAAUUUAACCUAUCUCUACCUUCCUUCAAACCAAUUUGAAAGUCCUAUUCCAAUGGAACUGGGGAAUCUGACACAAUUGAAAGUAUUAUAUCUCUCACAUAAUUCACUUUCCGGUUCAAUCCCUUCCACGUUGGGUCAAUUGAAGAAUUUAAUCUCUCUCUAUCUUCAUUCAAACCAAUUUGAAGGUCCUAUUCCAAUGGAACUGGGGAAUCUGACACAAUUGGAAGUAUUAUAUCUCUCACAUAAUUCACUUUCCAGUUCAAUCCCUUCCACGUUGGGUCAAUUGAAGAAUUUAAAGCAUCUCUAUCUUGAUUCAAACCAAUUUCAAGGUCCUAUUUCAAUGGAACUGGGGAAUCUGACACAAUUGAAACAAUUAGAUCUCUCACAUAAUUCACUUUCCGGUUCAAUCCCUUCCACGUUGGGUCAAUGGAAGAAUUUAAUCUAUCUCUAUCUUCAUUCAAACCAAUUUGAAGGUCCCAUACCAAUAGAAGUAGUGAACUUGACACUUUUACAACACUUACAUCUUUCCCACAACCACCUCACCAGCUCUAUCCCAUCUCCUAUCCUGAAUUGUCCACUUGCAACAGUGGAUUUAAGCUGUAACUUGUUAAAUGGAAGCAUCACUUCCCAAAUUGGUUGUGUCACUGACCUUAACCUUAGUCAUAAUUUUUUCAGCGGCCAGGUUCCAUCUGUUUUUGGAACAAAUUCUAUGAUGGAUAGGUUGGAUCUUAGUUAUAAUAAUCUGACUGGUAAGUUACAUACGGAACUUGCGAAUUUAGGAUAUAUAAAUCUUUCAUACAAUUUUUUUGACUUUCCAGAAAACCUUGACUCAGAAUCUAAAUUACCGGACUUCUGUUCUUUCCCAAAAAAUGCACUUAUCACUUACGACCCACCUAAUUACGCAGCUUGUUAUGUCCUCCAAACCAAUUCUCACUCUAGUACAACAACUAGUAAAGUAAAGACUAUCAUUGUAAUUGCUCUUCCUAUCACUUGCAUCAUUCUUUCUGUACUUGCAACAUUAUAUUUCCCAAAGUGUAUGAAUAAGGCCAAAUUUGAAGGAAGAUCAACAAAGAAUGGAGACUUCUUUUCUAUAUGGAACUAUGACGGUAAAAUUGCAUUUGAAGACGUCAUUGAAGCAACUGAGGACUUUCACCUCAAGUACUGCAUUGGAACUGGUGCAUAUGGUAGUGUCUAUAAAGCACAAUUGCCUAGCGGUAACAUUGUUGCAUUGAAGAAACUUCACCAAAUGGAAUCUCAAAAUCCAGCUUUUGACAAGAGUUUUCGCAAUGAGGUCAAGAUGUUAACUGGAAUACGCCACAAAAACAUUGUGAAGCUUCAUGGAUAUUGCCUUCACAAUCGUAGCAUGUUUCUUGUCUACCAAUACAUGGAAAGAGGUAGCUUAUUUUAUGUCUUGAACAACGAUGUGGAAGCUGAGGAGUUGAAUUGGAGUAUGAGGGUGAAUAUCAUUAAAGGAAUGGCACAUGCUUUGUCCUACAUGCAUCAUGAUUGUACCCCACCAAUUGUUCAUCGUGAUGUAACAACUAGCAAUGUUUUAUUGAACUCACAAUUGGAGGCUUUUGUUUCAGACUUUGGCACUGCUAGACUCCUUGAUCCUCAUUCCUCCAAUCAAACCUUAGUAGUCGGCACUUAUGGCUAUGUUGACCCAGAGCUUGCAUACACAUUGAAGGUGACAGAAAAAUGUGAUGUUUACAGUUUUGGAGUUGUGGCUUUGGAAACAUUAAUGGGAAGGCAUCCAGGAGAGCUACUCUCAUCUUUAUCAAACCCAUCUAAUCAAAACUUCCUGUUGAAGGAUAUCUUGGAUUCACGUCUUCCCCUUCCUUCCAGUCAAAAAGAUGCUCAAGAUAUUGUACUUGUGGGGACAAUAGCAUUAGCAUGUUUGUGUUCCAAACCAAAGUUCAGACCAUCAAUGCAACAAGUGGCUAGGAAACUCUCUUGUUCCAAAUUGUCAUUGCCUUUGCCUUUGUAUGAGAUUUCAAUCCAUCUCUUAAUGUCUCAAGAAAUAUGACAUGCUUCCUAUAACAAAUGUCAAGAAUGAAACCUAGUUGGGAAAACCUAAGGAAAUGGUUAUUUUUCUUUUUAAGGUAAGUAGGAAAUGUAUGAUUGUUGUUGUCCUUUAAAUUCGUAGGAAAGCUUGCUUUGUUGACUCGCUUUGGCUUCGAAUCAGAACUCUUCUACUGUAGAGGUUCGUACCCAUUUGCUAUCCGCUGACUUUGGUUUAGUUUUUAUUAGUUAGCUUUGCUAUCUAUUUUUAUUUCUAAUUUUCCAUUGUAUAAAAAAAAUAGACCCAUCGUGCCGACU